CUUUAGUACAACGACGACGACAGUUGUGAGACCAAACUCAUAAAGCCAAGAAAUAGCUGUGUGUGCCAUAGCUGUAUAAUCGGUCGGUCGGUCGGGCGUUCGGUCUUUCAAAGCGGAAUCGAAGAAGAGAACGUCGUCGUAUACUUGACAGGAAAAAAAAUCUUUUCUUCUUUUUGGCUGGUGCGCUCGGUUACAUAACACAGAACUACUAUAAGCCAAAUGUUGGGACAACUGUAAAAAAAGUGUCAUCAUUAAACUCAACCAAAAAUAUUAAAAAAAAAGUUCUGAAAAAAUAUACCGUAAUAGGUGUAAAAAAACGAAAAUUACAUUUCAGCUUUUUCACUAUCCAACUACAUACUCAAAGGAGAAAAAACAGCCAAUCAAAACCCUACUCCCCACAACAGUAAAAAGGCUAAACAACAACAAAAAAACCCAAAUAAAAAAAACUCAGUCAACAUGUUUCUGCAAUACAGUUGAUUAUGAUAUUUAAAAAGACAUUGCAACCACAACAACAGCAACAACAAUAUUAUUAUUCAAUAAUUAAUUGUUAUACGAAUAUUUAAGGAUAUACCACCACAAAAAAGUAACAACCCAAAGCUACCAAAAAAAACUAAACCAAAAACAAAAAAUAGUUAUACCUUCCACCAAAUAAACAAAAGCAAAACUGCGUAAAAGGAUCAUCAACAAAUAACUAAAUACAACUCAACUCAAGCAACCUACCACUCACACACACACACAACCGCAAAAAUGGCCGAUAAAAAGAUUGCUGAACAAUACUAUGCGCCACCUCCCAAAAUGGGCAAAUGGGAGGGCUUCAAGAAAUUUCUGUGGAACAGUGACACUAGCCAAUGUCUGGGACGAACAGGUGGCAGCUGGGCAAAAAUUCUGAUAUUUUAUAUAAUCUUCUAUGCGGCACUAAGUGGAUUCUUCGCUGCCAUGUUAGCUGUAUUCUAUCAAACUUUGGAAUUAGACAAACCCAAAUGGACACUGGACAAUGGUUUAAUUGGAUCAAAUCCUGGUCUUGGCUUCCGACCAAUGCCCCCAGAGGUUAAUGUUGAAAGUACUUUAGUGUGGUACGAAUCAUCCAGGCCAGAUAACUAUAAAUACUGGGUUGAGGAAACUGCCAGAUUUCUGCAAGCGGUAUCAUUUACCUAUGAUGAAUUACCAAAGGAUAAUCAAGUAGUCUGCUCAUUUGAAAACCCACCACCACCUGGCAAAGUGUGCGGCAUUGAUCGUGCCCAAUUUGCUCCCUGCACUGAGGAAAAUCACUUUGGCUACAAUCUCGCCAGACCCUGCAUAUUCCUUAAGCUGAACAAGAUCUACAACUGGGUUCCUGAUAUUUACAACGACACAAAAACAGUACCAGAAUCCAUGCCCGCUGAGUUGAAACGACACAUCACAGAAAAGAACAGUUUGAGACCACAUGAGACUAAUGUAGUUUGGGUAUCCUGCGAAGGUGAAAACCCUGCUGAUGUUGAAAAUAUUAAGGCACGUGAUUAUUAUCCUCGCAUGGGUUUCCCCUGGUUCUAUUUCCCAUUCAAAAAUAUUGAAGGUUAUAUACCACCCAUUGUUGCUGUGCAAUUUACCGUUGAAACUGGUGUCUUAAUCAAUAUUGAAUGCAAAGCUUGGGCACGUAAUAUUCACCACGAUCGUUCGGAGAGGAGAGGAUCCGUCCACUUCGAGUUGAUGGUUGAUUAAGAGCUAACUUUGGAAGAUAGUCAACAGCAACAGCAAAAACAACAACAACAAGAUCAACUUCAACUGCAUCAAGACAACAAACAGCAGCAGCAACCACAACAACAACAACAAAAGGAACAGCAUCAAAAACAUCAACAACAACAACAAGAAAAUAGCAAAGAAAUAAAUAAUAGUACAGCAGCAAAUAUGAAAGGUUUUUAAAUAAAAGUAACAAAAAAUAAGCAAAAUUUAGAAGAAGAAGAAGAAAAACAAAGAACAACUGUAUGAAAAAAAUUCUAAACCAAAAAUAUGAACAAAAACACGCAAAGCAUUAUUUCAAAUCUGAUAAUAAUGCAACGACGAAAUAAAGAAAAUUACAGCAAAAACCAAAGAUGCAAAAAUAAACUAAAGAAAAAAUAAAUAAAUAAAUAAAAUGAUGAAAACAACAAACCAUAAAAAAUAUAAUAAAAAUAGCAAAAACUAAGUAAAAGAAAGAAACUUUAGCAAAUAAUAAAAGUUCCACAAAAAAAAGCUUAAUUUUUGAGACAGAUUUCAAAAAUAAAACAACAAACAAUUUUUUUUCAAAUUUUCAAAAAUUUUGUUAAGUUUUUGUUUGUAUUGACAAAACGAAGAAAACAACAACAAAACACUCUGAUUGGCUGAAUAUUAAAAAAAAUAAAUAACAAAAACAAUGUUAGGUUUUCCUUAAACAAUUUUUCUCAGUAUUCUUCAGUUCCAGAGUUUUUAAGUUCCUCUUAAUAAUUUUUGGGUUUAUGUAAAAAAAUAAAAAAAAAUAUCGAAAAUCAGCACAGCGAAAAAUUAUUGAAAAAGAAAUUUAAUAACUGUGUACUAAAAAAAGUGAAACUAUUAUAAAAAUUGGUAUUUAAAAAAAAACAGAGGCAGAGAUAAAACAAAACACUUAUCAAAAGAAAUGGAAACCCUCCCCUCCAAAACCUAACCCUCUUUAACUCUCCGUUAUAAAUCGUAAAACAAGAGCAUCUUUUUGAGAAUAUUCAAAGAAAAUCCAAGAGAAUCUAAGAACAGAAAUUUCCCCCCUUCUUCUUUCCACUUUAUUAUUGUACACACUUAAUAUACAUACAGUGGCCAACAAAAGUUUACAUACAAUGGUCAUAUCUACUACUGGUGGAUUGCUGAAGACCAACCAGUAAAAAAAUAAACCAAAGCGGAAAAUUAUUUUAGAAAUAGAAAUGUUAUAUGGAGACUCAGUCCAGCCUAUACAUCUCAAUAUACAUCCUAGUGGCAGCAGUUUUUACUACUAAAAGGUCCUGACCAAAAUCCUGCUACAAAUUUACAGCGCUUUGCCUUUGCCUGUCUACAGCGAAGGAAAUUCCCUUGUGUGAGUGACACCUUCUUAAGGGAUUUAGCUAGAGUUAUGAAUUUAUUGAGAACAAAAUUUGAUUCACUAUUGUAAACAAUCUUCUUGUAGAUCCGUUGCAGUUUUUCUCCCUGUCUAAACUCAGCAAAUAUUGAUGUACAUACGAAAGAAAAUCGUUUGUACAUCGCUAUCUCCAAAGUUCUUUCGGAAGACCCCGGUAUAUGCUAAAAAUAAUUCAAAUCAUUCUGAUUUCUACACAACCUUAAUGGACUCAGCUGUUAAACCCAGGUUUAAGUAUGGCUUUAUUCUGUUGGAAAUUCCAACUCCUAGUGAAUUCUAUUAAAUCGGCUGAUGGUUUUUGGGGUUUCUUCUUAAAUGGAUUAUUUUGCGAAAAUCAAAAUACAAUCCCUUAAAAUGGCUAAUUUCGACAACGAUUCCACCGCAGUCCUUCAGAUCGCAGACCUAAUAUGCUUGACAGUAGAACUGAAGAAAUUUCGAUUCUAUGCUGUCAAACAUUUUUCUUCAAACUGUGGCUGUCCCUUCAUUUUCAGUGAUAUUAUAUUAGGAGAUGUAUGAACUCGCUUUUAAGUACUCAUAUAUUCUGAGUUUGGAAUUAAACUAAACUAAAUCGCUUAGACAAUGUUUUGUUAACUCAUUUUUUCAGCAUUUAAAUAUUUUGGAAUAUUUUAAGUCCUGUUUAAAACCUCAGCAUCAUUUUAUGAAAUAUUCAUAAAAGGUUAAAAUUAAUCAAGCCAACUUUUAUGCAAGGGCGCCCCAGCAGCCGAGUUGGUAGCGUGCUUGGAUUACCAGUGCAGGGGUCGUGGGUUCGAUUCUCGCCAUAAGCCUUGGUCUGUCGCUACUGUGGUAUCACAUUGGACUUAAAAUUGUCUAGGUGAGUCUGUAAGGGAAUGCCACUCUUACCUAACCUAACCUUUAUGCAACUUCGCUGGUAGUUGAGAGUAGCCUUAGUAGGUAGACUUUUGUAAGCCACUGUUUGUUAUAUAGAAAACAUAUUUUUCAACACACACGAAACCAAGACGAACAUCAAUGCUGUUUAGUAAAUAUUUUAUGGAAAAUAAACAAAUUAUAAAGAACAAACACAACAACAACCAAUUACCAAUUUUGUUUGUUUAAAUUUGUUAUAAAUUUAAGCAGAACAAACAACAGAGAAACCCUACAACAUGAAGGAAGAACAAAAACCUAAUUACUUAAUAACAACAACAACAACAAAAAGAUUUAUAAAAUAUUGUAGAUUUUUAAAUAUUUAAAGCAUUAUUUAGGAAAUUUUCAAGUAAAUAAAGUAAUAAAAACCAAACAAAGCUAAGGAGUCUAGAGAAUAAUGCAUUAAAACCAAAACAAAAAACUAAUCCUCUUUACUUAAACCAAAAAAAAAAAACAAAAAUGAAUAAAAGUGAAAAAUAAAAAAAUAAGUAAUUUAUUAUAAACUAAAAGUAAGUUAAGUAAAGCAAGAAAACCUAAAAACAGAGACAAAUAUACACACACACAUCUUGAAAAAAACAAAAACAAAAAACCAAAACCGAACAACCGUAAAUUAAUAACAAAAAACAAAAAAAUUAAACAUGAUGAGUACCGUUGAGAGAAGAGAAAAGAUCAUAAUUUAAAAUAUAUGUAUAUUUAUUUUUUAAAAAACAGAAACCAUUUUGUUGAAAACAAAACAAACACCUUGUUUUUCUUCUUGUAAACAAAAAAUAAUAAAAAAAAGAACUACGAAAAAUAAAUAAGAGAAUAUAAAAAAAGCGAAACAAACAAACAAAAUCUGCAACUGUGCUUAUUAAGCUUUGGUUACACUGAAAGAAACAAAAAGUAAUAAUAAUACACCCACCACACACACAGACACAUUAACUCUACUGCUGUAAUAUUAUUCGAAAUUUUUUUAUUUUUCUCUUUAAUUUCUCAUUUAAACUAAAACAAAACAAUAUCAAACCACAAUUGUCUUAGUUGUGUUUCAAUGUAUUUUUGUUUAAUUUUAUUAAUAGAUUAAUUAAAAAAUAUAUAACCCCGUUUCCCUCCAUUAACUAUAGUGUAAACAAUUCUCUACCAACUCCCACACACAAAAAAUUAUAUCUCUUUUACAUUCCCCCUCCUAAAGUCAAUAUGAUCAAAAAAAACGGAAAUAGUCAACAAAAACCACAGCUUAAAAAAUUAUAACAAAAUUCCAAAAAAUUACAAAAUGAGAAUUCAUUCUCAAAAACAUCUUUUUAUGUACGUACACCUGCUAGUGCUAAACGCUAAAAGAUUUCUAAGAAUAAUAGAACCAAAAUUGUCUAAACACAGUCAGCCUAGAAAUACAUUCCACACAUAAUUCUAUGUAAAUGAAUGUCGUCUGCAUAACAACAACAACAAAAAAUUAAAAACUAAAUUAAAACUAAAAAAAAACAAAGAUAUUGUAAUGGAUAAUUUGUAAUUUAUCUUCUUAGUGAAUGUAUCAAAUUGAAAAUGUUAAAUUUGUGAAGAAUAAAUAAAUUUGCUAGUUGAUCGAAUAAACAUA